AUGUGUGUUACAAUUUUACAGUUUAAGUUUGACGAAUCGUCUAAGAAUCUUCUCUAUCUUUAUGUUUUACUUGCCAACACGUUAAUAUCAUGCUGUUGUUCUGCUGUUCCUUCUACAGAUGACGAAUUUCGCAGCAUCGUAUUUAAGGAAUCAGUAACAAACACGGCAAUGAGAAAUCACGUGAUCAGGAGCACUGAGGUGACUAAUGAAGGGAGCUGCAGAGUGAUGUGUUAUAUGGAGCCUAAUUGUGUGUCCAUCAAUGUGGGUCAUUUGGAAGGAGGAAAACUCAUAUGCGAGUUGAACAACGCCACGGAUGAAGACCAAUUUGUCAAAUUUCUUGAGAACAAACCAAGUUUCACCUAUUCAGCCAUAAUCGAGAAUCCAUGCAGCAACAACCCAUGUGCGAACAGUGGCACGUGUCAGGCUGGAUUCACCAGUAAAGGUUUUCGUUGUCUCUGUCGACCUGGAUUCACCGGGGAAAACUGCCAAUUUAAAGUCAAACGAAAUUGUGCUGAAAUCUACAAAUCCGGUCAAACAACUGAUGGUGUGUACACCAUUAAACCUGAUAAUAUGUCUAUCUUUGAGGUAUUCUGUGACCAAACAACAGCUGGUGGAGGAUGGACAGUGUUCCAGAAGAGACUGGACGGCUCGGUUGAUU